GAUGCAGCUGAACAUGGGGGACAGGGUCUGUGAGGAGCUCGAGGACUUGGUUCACUUCUCAGUUGAUGAUCUGCCCGCACGAGGCUAUGUCGUCAUGGAGGAGAUCCGACGUCAGGGGAAGCUCUGUGACGUCACGCUCAAGGUCGGGGAUCAUAAGUUCAGCGCUCACCGGAUCAUUCUGGCGGCCUCCAUCCCGUACUUUCAUGCCAUGUUCACCAUGGACAUGGUGGAGUGUAAACAGGACGAGAUCUUGAUGCAGGGCAUGGACCCCAGUGCUCUGGAGGCUCUGAUAAACUUUGCGUACAGCGGCCAUGUUGCCAUUGACCAGCAGAACGUUCAGUCUCUCCUGAUUGGCUCGAGCUUCCUGCAGCUGCAGAACGUUAAAGACGCCUGCUGCUCCUUCCUGCAGGAGAGGUUGCAUCCUAAGAACUGUCUGGGUGUGCGACAGUUUGCAGAGACCAUGAUGUGCACGACUCUGUACGACUCGGCCAACAGCUUUCUCCAUCAGCACUUUGUGGAGGUUUCUGUGUCCGAUGAGUUUCUAGGUCUGAGGACGGAGGAGGUGCUGGAGCUGGUCGGCUGUGACGAACUCAACAUUAAAGCAGAGGAACAGGUGUUUGAGGCAGUGCUGGCCUGGGUUCAUCAUGACCAGGACCUGAGGGAGUCCGUGCUGCCGGAGCUGCUGUCAAAGAUCAGACUUCCUCUGUGUCGACCUCAGUUCCUGUCAGACAGAGUCCAGCAGGAGGAACUGGUACGCUGCUGCCAUAAAUGCAGAGAUCUUGUGGAUGAAGCUAAAGAUUUCCACCUGAUGCCAGAACGUCGUCCUCACCUUCCCGCCUUCAAGACAAGACAAAGGUGCUGCACGUCCAUUACAGGACUCAUCUACGCUGUGGGAGGACUCAACAGCUCAGGUGACUCCUUAAACGUGGUCGAAAUGUUUGAUCCAAUCGGGAACUUCUGGGAGCGCUGUCAGCCAAUGAGAACAGCUCGCAGCAGAGUGGGCGUGGCAGUUAUAAACGGCCUGCUGUACGCCAUUGGUGGAUACGACGGCCAAUCACGACUUAGCACGGUGGAGGUUUACAACCCGGAGACGGACAGUUGGACCCGUGUGUCGAGCAUGAAUAGCCAGCGCAGCGCCAUGGGAACGGUUGUGAUUGACGGUCAUAUCUACGUCUGUGGUGGCUACGACGGAAAAUCAUCUCUGAACUCUGUGGAGUGUUACUCUCCAGAGACCGACAGGUGGACGGUGGUGACGGAGAUGAGUGCCAGUCGCAGUGCUGCAGGUGUGACGGUGUUUGACGGACGCAUCUUUGUCUCUGGCGGCCAUGACGGUUUACAGAUCUUCAACACGGUGGAGUACUACAACCACCACACUAACCGGUGGCACCCCGCGGCGGCCAUGAUGAACAAGCGGUGCCGUCACGGGGCGGCGGCUCUGGGCAGUCACAUGUACGUGGCGGGGGGGUACGACGGCUCGGGCUUCCUGAGCGGGGCGGAGGUGUUCAGCGGCGCGGCGGGGCAGUGGAGCCCCCUGGUGGCCAUGAACACGCGGCGCAGCAGAGUGUCGCUGGUCUCCACGUCAGGACGCCUGUACGCCGUGGGCGGCUACGACGGGCAGUCCAACCUCAGUUCGGUGGAGAUGUACAACCCCGACACCACCCGCUGGACCUUCAUGACCCCCAUGCUCUGCCACGAGGGGGGGGUGGGGGUCGGCUGCGUCCCGCUGCAGCCCGCCUAAACCCUCCAAUCAGAGGCUGACGAUUGGUGCGUUACUGACGGUCGCGGCGAGAAGACGGCGUCCUCCGCCGACGCUCGCUGGGCUUCAUCGGUACGACGGCCGGCUCAGACCUGCACACUGACGCCGGGCCUGUGGGAUUCUGGGUAAAAACUGUAGAGCUAGCCCGCGGAGGAUAGCUGCUAGCAUUGUGCUAUUAGAGAGCGGACCGAUUAAUGUUCAAUAUUGAUUCUAUACUACGACAGGAAGGCACUUCCUCUUCAGAACAAAGCUGCUGAUACAGGAGGACCGCUCGGACCCGUUCUCAGUGACCUCACUGUUUUAUUGAUCGACUGUCAUCAAAGAGUGUGAUUGACAGGAAAUGGAGCGGCAGACACAUGGAGAAGACAGAAACGUGUCUGUGUUUAUGAGAGCGAGUGAGACAUCUGUCUGAAGUCCUCACACUGGUCCAGGUGGCUUCAGUGCUGACGCCGUGCUGACGCCGUGCUGGAGGCCGUGCUGGAGGCCGUGCUGAGGCCGUGCUGACGGCGUGCUGACGGCGUGCUGACGGCGUGCUGACGGCGUGCUGACGGCGUGCUGGAGGCC